ACUUCUGGAUCUCACGGCAUAUUUCACAGCCAUGUUUGGUGCUGCAAUUCUUUUGGGAUUCAUCAACCUUUUAAUGGCAAAAGAAGAUACAUGUGAUCUCUAUGCCACUCCUGGGCAGAGUCUGACUCUGCCGUUUGCAUAUGAACGACUGACAAACUCUCAUAUCCUGGAAUGGGUUCACAACAAUAAAACCAUUUUCUACAGGAAAGGAAAAGUGUCAAUCGGAAAACCAGAGGACAUUACUUCAAAUGGAUCACUUGUGCUUAAGAAAAUUCAGUUUUCAAGUCAAGGGAUUUACCAAGUACAUGUACUGCAUCCCAGUAGUACAUCUGCUAAAACAUGGACUGGGCGCCUCUGCGUGCUGGACAAAGUAUCAAAACCUCAGCUCAGUUAUACUUGUGACUUCAGCUCUAUGGCUGUUAAUCUUAAUUGCCAUGUUACUAAACCUGAGGGUUUGGUGUUUUCAUGGAUGCUUGAUAAGGAGAUGUUAAAAAGUGAAACAAAACAAACACUGAGCAUAUCUCUUAUCCAUCUGAAAGGUGAGAGAAGUUUCACUUGUGAUGUGGCAAACAAAAUCAGCAAGGCGAGUAGCGACAAGGUUCGGCCAACUUGUCCACCUUUACUUUCUUUUAAACGUCAAACUGUUAUGGCAGUGCUAGCAGGAGGAGGUGGUCUGAUUCUUUUUCUGCUCUUCGUUAUCGUUGGAUUGUGCUGUUUACUCAGACGCAACAAAAGCCAAACGGGUCCCAGGGAUAAAGACGAACUGAGGAUGCUUUCUCUACAGAAGCAGGAGACUCACUCUGUAAGUCCAGAGCACGAGAAUAACCACCCAACAGAGGUUGUCACUCCACCGCUGAAACCUCAGCCUUCACCAAGAACAUAUUACCAGAAUGUUCCUCAGCUUGAAGUUCAGACUGAAAACAGCCCUCCACAGGUGCACGAAGUUCCUGACAGACCACAGCCUUCACCUGUACCGAAACCAAGGACCAGGAACCUCCAACAAGCAAACACCUGACAUCACAAUGAGUUUUUGGAGUUGUGACCAAAAAUAAUGUUUGUGGAAAAUGUCCUUAUUAUCUUUGCUUACAUUCAUUGUUACUAUUAUC